CCAACGAAACAUCCGGCCCCUCUUCUCGAAGCUCUCCAGAAAGUUCUGCACUGCGAAGCGGCUAUAAGUACCGCCCACCUUCUCUUUCCACUCUCACAGUAAAGUCAGCUGAAAGCGAGGUUAGCGAGCUCCUGGAAAGAUCGUCAUCAUGGUUCACGAAACCGGCUACUACGAUCUCCUGGGAGUCAGCCCCAGUGCCUCACAGGACGAAAUCAAAAAAGCCUACCGAAAACUUGCGCUAAAAUAUCAUCCUGACAAGAACCCAAAUGAAGGAGAGAAGUUCAAGCACAUUUCUCAAGCAUAUGAGGUGCUGUCAGACCCAAAGAAGAGAGACUUGUAUGACCAAGGAGGGGAGCAAGCCAUCAAAGAAGGAGGCAUGGGUGGCGGGAGUUCACCAAUGGAUAUUUUCAAUAUGUUCUUUGGAGGUGGAGGACGAAUGCAGAGAGAGAGAAAAGGGAAAAAUGUGGUCCAUCAGCUUAGCGUUUCACUGGAGGAGAUGUACAAUGGUUCAACUAGAAAGCUUGGACUCCAAAAAAAUGUAAUUUGUGAAAAAUGUGAAGGUUAUGGCGGCAAGAAGGGUGCUUUGGAGAAGUGCUCAAACUGCAAAGGAAGAGGAGUACAAGUCAGGGUGCAGCAGCUUGGGCCAGGCAUGAUUCAGCAGAUCCAAAGCAUGUGUCCAGACUGCCAGGGACAGGGUGAGAAAUUUAACUCAAAGGACCGCUGCAAGAAUUGCAAUGGGCACAAAGUAGAACGCAAGAAGAAAAUCCUUGAAGUUCAUGUUGACAAAGGUAUGAAAGAUGGUCAGAAAAUUACAUUCCAUGGAGAAGGUGACCAGGAGCCUGGCCUGGAACCUGGGGAUAUCAUCAUUGUGCUGGAUCAGAAGGAUCACCCAGUUUUCCAGAGACGGGAUAACAACUUGACAAUGAAGAUGAACAUCAAACUUGUUGAGGCACUGUGUGGGUUCAGGAAGACCAUUCAGACUCUAGACAACAGAACACUAGUCAUCAGCUCACAACCAGGUGAAGUCAUUAAGCACAACGACGUCAAACGUGUUAUGAACGAGGGCAUGCCGAUUUACAGAGAUCCUUAUGAAAAGGGACAACUUAUUAUUCAGUUCCAGGUGGAGUUCCCAGAGAAGCACUGGCUCCCAGAGCAUCUCAUGUUCCAGCUGGAACGACUGCUUCCGCCCAGAGAGGAUGUGAUGAUCACUGACGACAUGGAGGAGGUGGACCUCUGCGAGGUCGAUUUGGAGUCACAACAGAAACACUACAGCGGUGAGGCUUACGAGGAAGACGAGGAUAGUCCCAGAGGCGGCGUGCAAUGUCAGACACAGUGAUUGUAGUCCACUAGAAAUGCAAUGUUGAGUAUGUGGGGGGGGUCUUUUUUUUUUUUUUGCAAAGGGACAGGUUUUGAGCCACGCCUUUAAUGUCCCUUUCAUAAAGUAAUACUGUAAGUUCGACAUCAGUCUAAAACUGUUGCCAAUUCAUAUUUGACUUUUUUUUUUUUUUUUGUGUAUGUGUUUUGUUCUAUUUAAGGUCAUAUUUUAUGUUUCCCAAAUCUACAGCACAGAUAUCUUCAUUUGAACCUGAAUGACUUCUUGUAUGCUUUCUGUGAAGGUGAAUUUUUAGUCAAACAUUUUUGUUCAAUAAAAAAAAAAAAAUACCCAGAA